UAUCCAGCGCCAUCCCGUCUAAAUAGUCGCCGGCUGCUCAGGCGCCUUUCGCGCGCAUUUUGCGUUUCCUGCGUUGAAUUUUACGGAACAGACGCUUGGACUGUAACGAAAAUGAGCUUGUGGGUGGAUAAACAUCGACCUUCCAACCUUUCGAAACUCGACUACCACCAGGAACAGGCGGCCUACUUGAAGAAACUGGUCCACGGCGGCGACUUUCCACACCUGCUUGUAUAUGGACCGUCCGGAGCCGGAAAGAAGACACGAAUUAUGUGUGUCCUGCGAGAGCUGUAUGGUGCUGGAGUGGAGAGGCUGAGGAUAGAGCAUCAGAACUUUGUUACACCAUCCAAGAAAAAGAUAGAGAUUGUCACUGUUGCAAGCAACUACCACAUUGAGGUGAAUCCGAGCGAGGCUGGCAUCCACGACAGAGUUGUGGUUCAAGAGUUGUUGAAGACAGUUGCCCAGACCCAGCAACUUGAGAGUAGUGCUCAGAGGGAUUUUAAAGUGGUAAUACUAACAGAAGUUGACAAGCUGACUAAGGAUGCCCAGCAUGCCCUUCGACGCACCAUGGAGAAGUACAUGGCAACAUGCCGGCUGAUCCUGUGUUGCAACUCGUGUAGCAAAGUGAUUCCUGCUAUAAGAAGCAGGUGCCUGGCAAUCAGGGUGGCCGCACCAUCUGUUGACGAGGUCAUUACAGUGCUGAACCUUGUUGCACGAAGAGAAGGCAUCACACUUCCAGACACCCUUGCUCAAGCUAUAGCAGCGCAGAGUCAUCGUAACCUGAGGCGGGCAGUGCUAAUGCUUGAAGCGUGCCGAGCUCAGCAAUACCCAUUCUCAGAUAACCAAAAAGUGCGCCAGCCUGACUGGGAGCUGUAUCUUGAAGAAACUGCAAGGAUGAUUGUUCAAGAACAAAGUGUCAAGAGGUUGUCUGAAGUAAGAGCUCGCCUUUAUGAGCUUUUGACCCAUCUCAUCCCACCAGAUGUCAUCUUAAAGGGCCUGCUGAAGCAGGUGGUGGCCAACUGUGAUGGGCAGCUGAAGGGCGAGGUCACUGCCCUAGCAGCACAGUACGAACACAGGUUGCAGCUAGGAAGCAAGGCCAUCUAUCACCUGGAGGCGUUUGUGGCCAAAGUCAUGGCCAUCUACAAGAACUUCCUUGAUGAGAGCAUCUCGGGAUUCUUCUAGCCUGUGGCUGUAUGGACUGAAAUGCAGCUCUGGAAAGAAAUAAAUGUAAAUGUUUCCUUUGUA